GAGAAAAAUAAAUUUAUCGUUAGGGCUGUAAUGCCAGAACAAAUCCUAGCCAAAAUGAAUGGGGUUAUACCGAGCGUACCGAUAACUACCCUUGCGGGCAUAGCAAGUCUGACUGACUUGUUACCAGAGAUGCCUUUGCCAACGCCGCUUCCGCAGACUCUGACAAAUAAAUCGCUUUUGUUUCAUCCACGUGUGGCGCAGGAGGCGCAGAUACUUCUUAGUGCAAGGGAUGAGAACUUAGUGCCUCAGUUAAUUCUCUCUCUCUCGCAGACGUCCUCAGACCACAUUGAGCUCAAGGACCACUACGCCAACACCGAGCAGCUCGUAGAUCCCCAGCAAAAUACACCGGAAUUGCUGAAAGCGAUACUUCAGAUAAAUCCCCACGUGUUUAAAGGGCCACAGUACAACUCUCCACGAAACUGGACAACCCAAAAUACUUCGCUGAUGCACCCCAAUCAGUCGCCAGCCAGUUACGGACAGUUUUCACCAUCUUAUUCGAGCCCGUCAGGAUCACGCCACACUCCUCAGGGCAGUCCUGCUCAUCCAGCUGCUGCGCGCAUCGUUUUGCCACCGCCAGGAGCGGUGGCCCAGCCACAGCAUCCUCGGAUGAGUAUCGCGCCUCAGAACCACGCCGAACUUUCGCAAAUGUCACCAUUUGCUGUUCCCUCACCUUCUCCAAGAGCCACAGUCAUCACAGAACAAACCAGAGCAUCGACGACGCCGCAACAUAUGCAGGAAGAUGUCAACUGUGUGAAUCCAAUUUCCCAGAUGAACCCGCAACAAAAUAUUUACUCCCCGGCUCAUCUCAGCUCACCUAAUAGCGCAAUUACGUCUCUGGGCAACAUCACACCUCAGCAUCACGUCGGCGGUCUCACGCCUCAGCACAAUAUACACCAUACUUCACCAAUGCACGCUGGAAUUCCUACACAUCAUCAUAGUAUGAACGUACAACAAAGUAUUUACGAUCCUGUACUGAAUCAGCAGCUACCUCACCCCUUAGAAUCCCACCAACUUGAUAAUGUCAGUAACAGUGUUCAGGAUAAUCAACAGUUCAUUCUGGAUCCGGUCACUGGCUUUCCGGACGUUCAACUACCUAUAUCGCAUGAUUUGGACGAGAGGCGGAAUCCUGCACAAAUGCCGAUCCGGGAUGUCAUUCAUAAUUUGCAGCAAAUUCCGGUUCACCCUAAUCCUAACCUGUUAGUAAACGAAGCAAACGAAAAUUACGGCUCACCACAUAGAAUGACGAAUCCUUCGAGUAUUCAAAAUAAUAAUCUCGCCAAGAGCGAAGUGAGCCAAGCAACGCUGCCACUGGCAGCUACGCCAGUGGAAAAAAUGAAAGAGCCUAUUGUUAUGUUGAAAAGAUUGUCACUGGCCGAUCAAGCUCUGAUGCAAAAGAGCCUCAGCGCUUUUGCGGAGAAAUCUCCGAACCUUGCAGCAAAAAUGGGCAUUAUGGGAGGCAACAAUGAGGUGAAGAGUGAUUCGGAGAGCGAAGAGGAAAUAGGCAGGAAUAACAAGCACUUCAAGGCACGAGCCAGGGAGAGACAGGUCCAAAAAGAAAAAGAAAGAGCAGAGCGAAAGAAAGGGGAGGACAAGACCCAAAGAAGACGCAGGAGGAUAGUAGAUGAUGAUGACGAUUAUAGAGAGGACGAAGAACCAAAUUCGCCGACGAAACCUAAGAUCAGGAAAGUAGAAAGAAAACUAGUUCCAGUACUGCAUAAACUCAGCGUUGAGGAGCUUAUGGACACUAACACGUAUCAGAGAUUCAACAGAACUAUAGACGCGAUAUUUGAAAACACUGAAGACGCUGCAGCAACAGCUGAUCUUGACGAUGACGGCGACGUAGCUCCUGAAAUGCUCAUAUCUAAAUAUCAGCUUCACGACUUAUGCAGCGAAGCUGCCAAGCUCAAAGGUCUUGGGGCUAUGGAAUCUAUCCCACCUGACCGCUUGGUCAGACUUCUCAACAUAUUGGAGAAGAACAUACGUGACGGCGCUAGAGUCUCGCCACUUGCUGAUCCAGAUGAUGACAUAGAUGAAAGCCGCCUCUGGAUGGAACUCGCCAUGGAGAGGGUGCAGCGUGCAGUUGAUGCAUCACUUACCGCUCUCUACAUCAUGACGUCACAAAAUAUGUCUAAGCAUGUUUACCUUGAGGACGUUAUAGACAGAAUUGUGCUGUUUAUGAAAUUUCAGCUACAGAACACGAUUUACCCUUCGUUUGACCCUGUUUACAGAAUAGACUCUAAAAACAAGACAGAAAAUUUUAAUGCUAGUGGUAGAAAAAAACGAGCCCAUACUAAAGAAGUAAGGGAGAAAAGUAUCCUUGGAGUUUAUAAUAAAAUGCACGUGCUUGUUGGUCUGCUCGCCGAACUCCUCAGUAUCCAGGUCUUGACCGACACAAGUGUGCUACAUGCCUCUACCCUGGGUGUUGCUCCUUUCUUUGUCGAAUCUGUGAGUGAGCUGCAGCUGAGUGCGCUGAAACUUGUAACAGUUAUUUUUACAAAGUAUGAGAAACACAGGCGAUUGCUACUCGACGAUAUUUUGGCCUCAAUAGCACGGCUGCCAAGCAGUAAAAGGAGUCUUAGGACUUACCGACUGAACUCUGAAGAUUAUAUACAAAUGCUUACUGCUUUGGUUCUUCAGCUAAUUCAAUGUGUCGUAGUUCUACCGGAGAGUUUAAUGCCACGUGAUAAACAGGCGAGAGAUGACGAUGAGAAGAGUGAAGAAAAAGAGAAGAAAUCCCACCAGGUUGACAUCGACGUUCUUAUACUCAACAAGUACGAAACUGCGACAAGAACAGCUGGAAAUUUUUUGAAUGUUUUCCUAAACAAAUGUGGAAGCAAAGGCGAGGAAAUCGACUACAGACCGUUGUUUGAAAACUUUGUACAGGAUCUGUUGGCGACUGUUAACAAACCUGAAUGGCCUGCCGCUGAACUGCUCCUCAGUCUUCUGGGGAAUUUGCUUGUCAGCCAUUUUUCCAACAAAGGAUCUGACAUGUCGCUCAGGAUAGCGUCCAUUGAAUAUCUUGGCGUUGUGGCUGCCAGACUGCGCAGGGAUGCAGUAAACUCGCACUGUAAACUGUCGACAAUCGAUCAGAUAGUAAAAGACAUAAAGACUGAACAGCAGAAAGACACUGACUAUGAGGUGACAAAGGAUAAGGACAUUGUUGGGAUCAGUGAGGAUGAAGAAAGAACGAUAUUUCUGCAGAGAGUGCUAAUCGAUUAUCUCGCAGUAAAUGGAACGAACGACGCUGCUCUAGGAUAUGCGAGGCACUUUUACCUAGCACAAUGGUACAGAGAUACCGUAGUUGAAAAAUCUCGCGUUGGUCAGACAAAAAAUACGCCAACAAAAAAGAUGCAGAAGAAAAAGUCAAUAAAGAAAAAUAGGCAUCUCAGCAGCGAUGAGGAAAGUGAAUCGGAUGAGAAUGAGUGUGACGCGGAUGAGAAUGACAACAAUGAACAGAAAAACUCAGAGUCAUAUCGGCUCAUUGAACUAAAAAAGAAAUUAAUUAUAAAUAAGAUAAGACCUUACAGUCAUUCCACCGCUAAAAGUGAUAUACUACAAACUUACAUCGACUAUAAGUCUGCGGAAUUGAUAUCACAGUACCUUGCAUCGAAGCGGCCCUUCUCACAAAGCUUCGAUCGCUAUCUCAAGCAGAUACUUCACGUUCUGACUGAAUCUUCAAUCGCUAUUCGCACCAAGGCAAUGAAAUGCCUUACAAUGAUUGUCGAGGCUGAUUCGAGUGUAUUGGCCAGAGUUGACAUGCAGCUUGGUGUAAAACACUCGUUUUUCGACCUAUCCACGUCUGUUCGCGAAGCAGCUGUCGAUCUCGUUGGUAAAUUUGUCCUAAGUAGGCCAGAGCUGAUUGACAAAUACUACGAUAUGCUCUCCACGCGAAUUCUGGACACUGGGGUCAGCGUGCGAAAGCGUGUCAUCAAGAUACUCAAGGAUAUAUGUAUGGAAUGCCCAAAUUUCCCCAAAAUACCGGAAAUAUGCGUCAAGAUGAUCAGAAGGGUUAACGACGAAGAGGGAAUAAGAAAACUGGUCAUGGAAGUGUUUCAGAACAUGUGGUUCACUCCUGUCAAGGAACGACCUGUUGUAGAUUCUGAGGCACUGCUUAGAAAGGUGAUGAACAUCACAGAUGUCGUUACUGCUAGCAAGGACAUGGGACUUGAGUGGUUCGAGCAGCUCCUGGUGAGCUUGUUCAAGCCUAAAGAGGACAAAGAGGAUAGCACAAAGACAAUGACUGAGCCGCCUAAGGCGUUGCUCACAGCCUGCAAGCAGAUCGUUGAUUGUCUUAUCGAGAAUGUAUUAAGACUUGAAGAAACGGGCCUUGAUGAUGCUGAGAAAGUUGAGAAGAAGGGCUCAUCGCAAAGGCUAGUAGCCUGUUUAACUACGCUAUAUUUGUUUGCAAAAAUAAGACCGCAGCUCCUCGUCAACCAUGCGAUAACGUUACAGCCCUAUCUCAGUCUAAAAUGCCAGACCCAGGGUGACUAUCAGAUAAUAAGCAGUGUCGCUCACACGUUAGAGCUUGUUGUUCCGCUGAUGGAACACCCCAGCGAAACCUUUCUGGCUCAGCUCGAAGAGGAUUCUGUCAAACUGAUUCUACUCCAUGAUAAGUCUGUCGUUGCAAGUUGCCUUUCCUGUCUGGGAUCUAUAGUAAACAAUGUAACGAGGAAUUUCAAGCUGAUACGCGAUUGCUUUAAGAAAUAUUAUGGACAUUUGACCGACUACAAGUCAUUGUAUGAGAAAAAUCGUACCAAUCCGAUUCUGCAGAAGAAUAGACCGUUUUUCAGACGCGCUUUGUUCACUGUCGGACUUUUGCUCAGGCAUUUCAACUUCACUGAUAAGGAAGUAACCGAGGGCCUACCAGAGAAUAUAAAGGACCAAGUUUUUGAGACGCUGAGCUACUUUGUGCAUCAGGAUAACGACGACAUACGAUUUUUCACACUUUCGGCUAUUGGUUCAUUGUGCAUCAGGCACUACGAAUUCAUGAUGACACCCGAGCUCAAAGAACUUUAUCACCAUUUACUCACUUCCGAAAAUGCGCCCAUCAACAUGCGGUCACAGGUCCUCAACAACAUUGAAGUAUAUCUGCAAGAGGAAGAAAAGCGAAUGAUAAAACAGGAUCAGGAAUGGGCUAAGCUGUCCAAGCAAGAGAACCUCAAGGAAAUGGGCGACGUUUCAUCGGGUAUGGCUAGUACGGUAAUCCAGUUGUACCUAAAAGAGAUACUGGAGUCGUUCCUUCAUAUAAAUGUAUCUGUGAGGCACGCUGCUCUCAAGGUAAUCCAGCUGAUAUUGGCUCAGGGUCUCGUACAUCCUGUGCAAAUAGUUCCGUACCUGAUUUGCAUGAGUACAGAUUGCGAAAAGAUGGUGAGUCAUAGUGCCGACAAACAACUGCAAGACAUCGAGAAGAAAUAUCCAGGCUUCAUACACAUGAAGUCACAGUUUGGAAUCAGGCUGAGCUACCGGCUUCAGAAGAUACUGCAAAACGACGAUACCGUUAGAGGGAUGAGAAUAAAGGAGGGGGAAUUUCCAUCUGCUCUCAACGGUUUUCUGUACACCAUACUUAGGAAUACCAAGCAGCAACGGAGGGCGAUUGUUCUCUCUUUCCUUAAACAGUUUGACGAAAGUGCGAAGACAAGUUUGUCACAAAUGCUUUAUCUGGCAGACAAUUUGUCUUACUUCACUUACCAGGUUCAGGAUGAGCCAUUGUUUAUCAUCCAUAAUAUCGACAUCAUCAUUUCAAUGUCUGGCACAAAUCUCCUACAGUCUUUCAAGGAGGCCCUGUUGCCUAAGGAGAUUCAUCCCCAGCAAUCGCAGGUGCAGCAACAGCAGCCACAGCAGGAGCAUCCCUCACUUAUGAAAUUUGGGCCUGAUGGAGAACCACUGGCAAUUCCAGUUUUACCGAAUAUUGAGGAUGAAGAGGAUGACGAAGAAGACGAGGAAACGAUAAUGGCAAGGUUACCGGAAGACACGACAUUACUCAGGGAGUAUAUAACGGCUAGUCAAGGUUUUUUAUUGCUGCUUACUCUGAGACAGCAUCUCAAAGAUCUUUACGGAUUCACGGAUGCUAAAAUUGGACAGUAUUCACCUUCAGAAUCUGCGAAGGUCUACGAGAAGGCUGUUAGUAGAAAAAAUAAUCUCCACUUCCGGCCUAAAGCAACGCUACAGAAACUGAAAGAUGGUACAAAUAAUGAUGAGCUGGACGAAAGUGGUAAAAAGAAGUUGAUAAAAGAAUACCUCGACUUCAAGCAAUUGAUGCUCAAAUUUGAUCCUGAGGAACCCGAUGAGGAGGGGGGAAACCCUGAAGCUUUACAAAAAGCCAAUCAAAUUGAUCCAACUGCUGCUAGCGGUAGAUUACCAACUGUUGCAGAUAUUCACGCCACACCCACUCACUCUAUGAACAGACAGCUAAAUGAGAAUCAGAUUAACAUGAGUAACCCUGCGGUUCAAGUUAACUCUGUUAAUUCAAUCCCCGCAGCUCCACAGGCUGCGGCAACCACCCCACGUGUACCUAAACUAACCAUACACCCCCACAGCGAAAACAAGGACCACAGAAAACAGCAUCGUACCCAUAAAACGGAAAAGGUUAAAAAGCACAAGAAGAAAAAAAGGAGAAGAAUUUCAGACAGUAGCGAAAGUGCUGAGGACUAUAGUGACCCUGAUUUUCUAGUGUGAAAAACGAGUGUAAAUAACUAAAUUAUCUAUAUAUAUAUAUAUAUAUAUAAAUUAUAUAUAUAAAUUAUAUAUAUAUAUACACACACUAAACAAUCAUUCUUCUCAUUUAAUGAAAAACGUUGACAUGCCAGAUGCGUGUUUUGUGGGAUUUUUUUCUUUUCUUUGUCUUAUUUUUUAUUAUUACUAUUAUUAUCCCCGACGCUCAUUUUCGAAGGCGUUUUUCAUGCCAGAUGUUUUUUUUCUCAAUUUUAUUUUUUAAUCUUGCUUUUUUCGUAUUUAGUGUGCAAUAGGACACAAGAGUGCGGCGACGUGCUAAAUAUGUGACACGGAAAAAGUUUGACCCAGUGAAAAAUGGAUGCGGAUAAAAAGAAAGAAAUAAAAAAUUAUCAUAAUACAAUGAGACUAUUUUCGAAAAAAAAAAAAAAUAAUUAAAAAAUGAUAACCUAAUCAUCUAUUCUUUCUAAUGGUCAAGUUACAGACGCAAAGGAUUUAUCGUACUAAUGAAUCGUUUGUACCUACACUGUGUAAUGUGAGAAAGGAAGAAACAAAAAUUCCACACAAAUUUCAGGGGGAAUAGCUUUGCUCGGAUGCUAUUUUAUUUUAGUACACUUUUCUUUUUCGAAACCUUUUUCACGCAAUCAUUCUUAAUAAGCUCUUUUCUUUUUAUAUUUUUUUUUCCUUAGACAUACAACAUUGCUAUUUAUUAUCUCGAUCUCAUCCGCUGAUUGGCUUUGGUAGGAGAAAUAUUUUUUAUCCGAUGCAUUGAGAUUUUUUUUCUUUCCUCGUCAAAACCAUCUCGACGGAAUAUUCCGAGCCAAGUUUUUCUCCGAGAUCCAAAGUACAAUAGUCUCGUUACUAGAUUCAUUUCGAUAAGAUUUUUAUGUAAAUAAUAAUAAUAAUAACAAUAACAGUAAUAAUAAUAGUAAUAAUAACAACAAUAAUAAUAGUAAUAAAUAUGAAAAUUACCGAAUAAAAUGAUGAAAACGAAAAAAAGGGACAUUGUAAUAUUCUUAUUGGUUUUCUUUGAAAGAACUAACCUGAAUGUGGGGAUAUAAAUAUUGAACUGAAAGCUUGUUUCAUGAAUCGAAAAAAGAAACAUGCCCACCACAUAAUCCACGCUGUCUCUGUCUCUUUCUGAUUUAAAAAUCGUAAUUGCGAACUGAACUGUGCGAUGAGAGACUAUGGGGUAAAACUAUUCUCGUGUAUAAUAGGCAAAUCUCAUUUCUUAAAGAAAGAGUGUAUGUAGUAAAUGCAUUAUCUAUAGAUAUAUAAUACAACAAAUAAAGAGUUAUUUGUAAUAUGUGUACAUAAAACUUCGCGUAUAUAGGGUUAUUUUAUUUGAUUUUCGUGCCAAAUUAUGCGGCGGUGGUAGCAGCUUUGCGAAAAGUAUUUGAAAUCUUGAUGGAUUUAAACAAUCCAUUCCGGUGUCAAAUAUUUAACGACCUCUAACAGUCGUGAUAAUUAUUAAAAUCACCGCAGCACAGUUUGUUAAACGAAUGCUAUUUGAUCCGUUUCAAUGUUUUCUCAGUAUAAUAAGUUUUGUACGUGUGUAGAUUAACGUUAAAUAUAUUAUAUGCGAUAGAUUUGCGAUUCUCCGAAAAAGAAAACCAUAAAUUAAUAAUUAAACGAGAAAUUAAAUCAAGUCGAUUUUUAUAAUCAGUAAAAGAUCUUCAAAAGCCAAUUAUUUUGUCAAAUUUAUUCCUCUGUCUCUUUAUUUUUUUUCCUUUUGAACGCCAAACUGUUUACCAGUAAUUUCAUACGUAUAUAAAACUCGGGAAGGGGGAGGAAUCCCAAAUAUUUUUCUUUCGACUUGGACAAACAUUUUUUUUUACACGAAAAUAAGGGACUUAUUACCAUUGAAAUGCAAGAGAAAGCGCAGAAGUCAGAACUUUUAUUUUUUAUUCACUUGAUUUAUAUUACAUAUAUUUAUAUUUUUUAAAAAUCGCAAACAAUCUGCUACCAUUCUGCAAACAUUUUCAGAGCGUGUACAUAGAUAAAUCGACUUGCGCACUAGAGAAAAAGAAAAGAAACGAAAGAGGAAAAAACACGAUAG